GGAAUAUCGGCAGAGUUGAAACAGGAACAACAACCUUUCUGGGUUUAUUUCUGACUUGUGUCUUGGACCCAGUUUUGAUAAAACAAUUGCUCGACCUGUGGCACUGACUUCCUAUUUCUGCGACUGUCAUCUCACAACCUCGUGGGCCUGGAUCUCAGAGAUUAAACUAAAUCUAUUUUUUCAGCCACCUGGACCUGACUGCGCGGCAAUGUUCCUCUCCACAUGGAGAUGUACAGGAUGAGCCAGCCUAUGGUUUACAACUAGCUGAGCGAGAGACGAGCUGACCGGUGUGAUGAAGGAUCGACUGGCUGAACUGACCGCUGGCGCUCCACAAACAGAAGAGGAUGUUGCAGUUACAGUUAACCAAGAUGGAUUCAUGGAUAGCUUUUUCAGAAGGGUGGAAGAAGUCAGAGGACUCAUCGAUAAGAUCUCCAUACAAGUGGAAGAAGUGAGGAAGAUCCACAGCAUGGUCCUAUCAGCACCCAACACAGAUGACAGAACAAAGGAUCAGCUGGCUGCACUGACCAAUGAUAUCAAAGGGAAUGCCAAUGUGGUGCGAACCAAACUAAAAUCCAUUGAGCUGAGCAUGCCCAAAGACGAUGCUGCUAACAGGGCCUCCGUAGACUUCAGGAUCCAGAAAACACAGCACACUGUGCUCUCCAGGAAGUUUGUGGAGGUCAUGACCCAGUACAACGAGACUCAAGUAUCCUUCAGGGAAAGAAGCAAAGGAAGAAUCCAGAGACAGCUGGAGAUAACUGGAAGAGUGACCACCAAUGAAGAACUGGAAGACAUGUUAGAAAGUGGAAAUCCAUCCAUCUUCACCUCUGAUAUCAUUUCUGAUUCCCAAAUCACACGGCAAGCCGUGAACGAGAUAGAGUCACGACACCAGGACAUCAUGCGCUUGGAGACGAGCAUCAGAGAGCUCCAUGCGAUGUUCAUGGACAUGGCGAUGCUGGUAGAAACUCAGGGGGAUAUGGUUAACAACAUCGAGAAAAAUGUCUCUAAUGCAGCUGAAUACAUUUGUCGCGCAAAGGAAGAGACCAAAAAAGCAGUCAGGUACCAGAAGAAAUCCCGGAGGAAAUACAUUAUUCUUGCCUUUGCUCUGUUGAUCCUGCUUGCUGUUAUUGCACUAAUUGUCGGCCUGUCUGUCGGACUAACCAAACCCCCUGCAUGAGACCUCCUGUGAGAAACUUCUCUAUCUUGCCAUGUGUGGAGGUUUCAUACUUUUACUCAUCAUAAUAGUCGGAGUCUUUGAGUAAUGAAUUUCAUCGUGUGCAGUUCCACAGCAGUCAGAAGUGAUGAAACUUUUACAAGCUUCAUAAGAAGACUGUCAGCCUCCAUCCAGCAGAGGUGCAGGACGGAUGUCUUUUUUCCCCAUUAUUGUUAUUUUUUUUAAAACAAUGACUCCUGAUAACACGGCAACCGACAGCUGAUAUUUGGAAUUGAUACAUUUUUACGGUAAAAGAAAGUUUUAUUGUUUACAUCACUUCACUACAUAUGAAAAAAGCAGAUCUGGCAUAUUUACAUGAUGGACACAAAUGUUGGUGUUAAUUAAUACCUUUUCUUAAUUAAAAGAAAAAAGAAUCAAAGCUUAAACCUUAGCAGCAGAUGCGUAUAUAGAUAUAGAUCUGUUUGUUUCUUCUUCCCGGUACCCCUGCUAUUCUUGAAUGCUUUUUUAAAAUUUCAUUUUUGCCUGUCCAAUUAGAAGCAUGCAUUCCUUCUCGUGGUCAGCAGAGUCCAGUGCAACAGAUUUUGGUGGGGAAAAUAUUCCUCGGCUCCUGAACACUUUCCUUUGGAGUUAAUGGCCUCAGUCGCCAGUUUCAUGCCUUAAUGAAAACAUGGUGCUUAUAUUUGAUGAUAAAGAGACAAAAUAUAUUUUAGCCAGCAGUACCAACACAACUCCAAUCUAAAAAAUAAAGUUGGGAUAAAAUGUAAAAAUAAAAGCAGAAUGUAAUGAUUCGCAAAAGCAAAUCCUCAUAUUUCAUUCACUAUAGGACACAGAAAACAUAUCAAAUGUUUAAACUGAAAAAAUUUAUGAAAGAAUAAAGCAUUAUUUAUUCUGAAAUUGUUCCAUAAUUGGUCUUGCAAAUUGGUGAGCCUCUUCUCAUCUUUUCAUGAAGUUGUAAAAUGUUUAAGUUGAAAAAUCUGAUAUGUUUACUGCGAAUUUAUAGAAUUGGAGUUUUGUAUGUACUGAUGAGAGAAUCAGUAAAAAAUACUAUAAUCCUGGGUCAGGGAUGCCUUGGAUCAGUCAGGAGUGACCAGGUCGUCUUUAAUCUCAUAACUUGGGAAAAUUCAUUCAAGGUUGUGGCAGCAACUUUGCUGCACACAUCAACGAUACUCUGAAAUUUGUUCCUAUUUUUGAUGAGUUUUAUUGAAUAAAACUGGAAAAGAGGUGGGCAUACUUGUCAUAACAGAAGUAGGUUGUAAGAUUGUGGGAUGUACCACUUCAAGGAUAUCUGCUAUUCUACCUUCAAAACACAGCUCAUCUAGCUACUGGUCAGCUCCAGUCUGUGUGUACUUUACUGUGCCAGAAUAGCCUUUAGUUUCGAUUGUUUGCUAUAUGCAUAUAACUAAUCGGAUGUGAUUGGGACAUUGCUCUAGGUCACAGAGUAGUGGUCCAGCAGUAGUCUGUUUUGUGUGGUUCUAAAGAUUCACACCAAGGUUUAUAUUUUCACUGCAAAAAUAUAUCAAUUCCAAAUAUCAGUUCUUUCUCUCUUUUUAAUUGUAAAACAUCAUAAUUGCUAUCAGCCCUGAACAAAAACGCAACAAUCAACACACAGAACCAGUUACAAUAGACAAGAGCGCCAUCGGCCCCUGUGUUAUGCUGUGCACGUCUGUGCAAUACAGAUUACUGAUGUUCUAUAUUGCUGCCAUUUUUCCCCCAUGUUAAAUAGAUUUGUUUGUGCUUAAGAAACAGUUUGACAUUUUGGGAAAUGAUUUGGGUGAUUGUUGAGGGUUCGAUUAAAGGAUUAAGUAUAACUUGCAUGUUUGAAGUAAUAAACAUGCCACAGACACUUUUUUUUUUUACCCAGGCUACGAUAGGUGCUGGCUGCUGCUUCAUAUUAAACACAGACAUGAGAGCAUAUCAUUCUUUUAUCAUAAUUUAAUAAAACUACAACAACUGCCCAGAGAGUGGCACACUGGUUAGCACUGUUGCCUGCAGCAGGGUUCAGGUCUACCAGCUAGCUGGGGCCUUUCUGUGUGGAGUUCACAUGUUAUCUCUAGGUACUCCCACAGACACACAUGGGGUUUGUUUAACUGACUGUAGAUGAAUGACUGUCCCAGGUGUACCCUGAAUUGUGUAAGCUGAUGGAUGUCACAGUUUUAUCAAACUGCUGCUUUAGUGUCAAAACAUGUGACCAGCUCACUUCUCUGUACACUGAUGGCAUACUUUGUGUUUACAUGUUCAAGUACAUGCUUUAUCCUUUUUACCUGUUGUAUAUAUAUGUACUCUUAUUUGUGUGAUGUGAAUGUUAAACUACCACAGCUCAGGAGACCUUUAGGAAUUUCAUGUAGUCACAUACAAUCCACUGUUAUACUGUAAAUGUGCCUUCUUGACAUUUUAAUAUGAAACCUUAACUUAUUCAAGUGCAUUUGUCACAGCUACUGAGUGUGAUGACUGAAAUACUGCUGUGAAAAGAGUCAUGCAGUAAUGUGAGACUCUUGGAAGAAUAUUUCAAGAACACACAUUUUUAUUUUGAUACUUUUUUGUUUUUCGCUUGAUUUUUGUAUUUUAUACUGAAAAGACAGAUAUUAACUAAUGCAAUAAAUAAAAAAUCCAGA